GCCUCUUGAAGCUCGGCCCCACGCACCUGACUACGGAGUCGAGCUCCGGCAACUACAUCUCAGCCCAUAACCUUUCUCUCGAAGCUCGGAGGUAUUUGGAUGGCAAAGGAAGACGUGAUGAAUUGUACUGGUACCUCCUCUUGCAACUGGACUGCACGUUCUAUGCGAACGCCGCCACAAGUGCCGUCUUCCUUUGCCCUUUGGGCACAGGAUCGGUGGUUUUCGAAGACUUGCAUGAUUUCGGCUGCCUGGCAUGCAGGCCAGGGGACACGCAGGUUCUGAACGUGACGAGGAGGCCUGCCGUGUCGAUGUCGAAUGGGGACAUUAAUCAGGGCGCAGUGUUCUUGGAAGGAGGCUGUUGUGAUCCUGGGUUGGCUGCUCAAUCGUUUAUAGUCCAAGCCUUAAUUUGCACCGUAAACCUAUACUCUAACUCCCACAGCCGCGCCGCGGCUUAG